AUGUCAUCAUCUUCAUCAGCUUUUCCUGUGAUAUGUAUCCUACACUCUCUGAUAGCCAUAACAAGUGGGACACUCAUGAUGUUCCACAUGAAGGAAAUGUACACCUUCACACAUGGGAAUGAAACUGCAACAAAGCUGAUGGGUUCUACCCCACAUGACCAGCUCCUGAUUCGGACCUCCGACUCUUUUUCGGGGUUGCUCUUAUUUUCUAUUGGGUUGUUGAUAUUCAUGGUCUCUUUUAUUAAGGAUAGAGAGUUUCAAUCUUUCUUUGCUAAAGGGUGUACGCUUCUUCAUGUUUUCAUGGCUCUUUGGAGGGUUAAUUUUGAGAGGAGAGUUGAGGUGUUGGCUUGGGAUUGGCUGAGACAGACGGUUGGUGAUAUCGUACUGGGUCUCUCUUGGAUUUUAUUUCUGGUUUAUUCUUGGAGAGAGAAGUAUGAUUAG